UAUUUGGAACUUAUGGCCGAGCGGAAUUGCUUUAUGGAGAAAAACUGGCGUUAGAUUUGGGUAACAUAAUUACUAAUCGUGUAUUUUUCUUUCUGGCAGGUUCUUUCUUCUCAGCUAUUUUGUGGUUAGGUUUAGAUAAUGAAAGGCUUAUAUAUUCAAAUUUUAUUUUCGAGGAACGCAAAAUGGGUGAUAACGACCGCAUUAAUAUUGAUCUUAACUGUUACUUUUCGAUUAGUGGUUAUCAACAUUAUACUCGUACAUUUAAUGUUUUUAAUGGAGAUAAAGUUAGAAAAAGUUUAAUACCUCAAGUUCGGGCUGGCCUACCAGAUGGAUUAACUAAUGCUAAUUUUCGGCUUCGUAUAUAUUUUCCUACUGUUGGGGACUACUUCGCAAUUAUGAAUCCGGAUAGUAAUAUCUAUGACCAUUUUUCUACGAAUCCUAAUCAAGAUGUUGUUCAUAUCAUCGUAGAAUUGUUACCCUCCC